AUGCAGCCGACUAUUGCUUCUUUUUUCCAAAAAUCCUCGUCGAAUAAUGCAAGCAAGCCAAAAGAAGAUGAGCCAAAGAAACGGAAAGCUCGAGUUAUAUCCAGCGACGAGGACGAUGAAGUUGUACCGGCAUCCCCACAUGUUUCCAAAACAAAGCACAGCAAAAAAGCCAAAACCGAAAGUAAUGGCUCGGGCACAUCCAAAUCAUCUCCCACAUCGCCAAAGAAAUUAAAAUUGGACAAACUGAAAACCAAGUCUCCCAAAAAAGAUGCCGCAGUAAAGCCGGUUGAUCCAAUGUCUUUGUUUGGUGGGGAGACAAAGCGCAUUGAAGCUAAGAAGCCACCCAAGCCCAAGGAUAAGGCUUUACAAGAACUUGAGGAUGAUGACAUUGAUAAGAGUUUAAUGGAAAUCGAUUUGGAGGAAAGUGUUUUGGAAACAACAAAGGACAAAGAGGUUGAUAUCUCUAAAAAGGAAAAGAAAGAAAAGUCCGAAGAAGAAAAAAACACACCCACUAAUCAGAAAAUAAAAGAAGAAAAACGAACACCCAACAGCGAGAAAAUUAAAGAAGAAAAAGCCACACCAACUAAUGUCAAAGUCAAAGAAGAAAAAACACCAAGAAGUAAAAAACAUUCCCCGGGUGAUCAAGAUGAGGGCAUUUUAACCGAUGAAGAACGUCAUGAACGCAAGCGCAUGACUGCGAUUUUGUAUCAAAAAUAUAAAAAUCGUUCAUCUGUCCUCAAUCCUGGAUGUAAAGAAGUUCCCAAGGGUAAACCAAAUUGUUUGGCUGGAUUGACGUUCCUAGUAACCGGCGUAUUGGAAUCGCUGGAACGAGAUGAAGCAUGUUCUAUUAUAAAAGAGUAUGGGGGCAAAGUUAUGACCACUGUGGGUAAACGAUUAAACUAUCUCAUAGCCGGCGAAGAUUCUGGUCCCAAGAAGCUAGCCCAGGCCGAAGAGUUUAAUGUAAAAAUUAUAACGGAAGAUGAUUUCCUUAACCUAAUAAGAGAAAAAUCGGGCAUUAAAGUAGAAAAUUGUGUUAAGGAAGAAGAGGAAAAGCCCACUACUAGCCCCAAGAAGAAGGAGGACAUUAAAAUCAAAAAAGAAAAGGAAAGUACUCCUCCAGAAAAGAAAAACAAAAUGGAUGAAAUCAAAAUUAAGAAAGAGAAAUUAGACUCACCGCCUGAGAAAAAGCCAAAAAUAGAAGAAUUAAAUAACAACUUAUCAGAAAAUAAAAUCAAGAAGGAACUUAAGGAGGACUCGCAGGCAAAGCAGUCAAUCAAAGAGGAAUUCCCCAGACCUCCACCUGUAACAGAGGAUAUGAUGGCUUGGGUGGACAAAUAUAAACCAACAUCCGUUAAAGACAUCAUUGGUCAACAGGGUCCGGCCAGUAAUGUGGCUAAGCUUACAAACUGGCUUUCGAAAUGGUACAUCAAUCACGACGGAAAAAAGAAAUUACAAAAGCCCAAUCCUUGGGCUAAAAACGAUGAUGGUAGUUUUUAUAAAGCGGCUUUGCUUUCCGGACCACCUGGAAUAGGGAAAACUACGACUGCAACAUUGGUAUGCAAAGAACUGGGCUUUGACACGGUGGAAUUUAAUGCUUCGGAUACCCGAAGCAAACGACUGCUGAAGGAAGAAGUGUCCGAAUUACUUUCGAAUAAAUCUCUUUAUGGCUACUUCCAUGGCAAUGCACAGGCGGUUACCAAGAAACAUGUUCUCAUUAUGGACGAAGUUGAUGGUAUGGCUGGCAACGAGGAUCGCGGAGGUAUUCAGGAAUUAAUUGGACUCAUUAAGGAGUCAUCGGUUCCCAUAAUUUGUAUGUGUAAUGAUCGCAACCAUCAAAAGAUGCGAUCACUUGUUAACUAUUGCUAUGAUCUGCGUUUCAAUCGACCACAAUUGAAACAAAUUAAAGGUCGAAUAUUAAGUAUUUGUGCCAAGGAGAAUAUUAAACUUGACUCCACAAAAUUGGAUGAGAUUAUAUCGGCCACUAAUAAUGAUAUCCGACAGUCUAUUAACCACAUUUCAUUGCUUAGUGCGGGCAAGGAAUUAAACUUGACUUCGGAUAAUAAGUUGUCCAAAGAGGAUGAGAAAACGGCCCAAAAGGAUUUGAAAAUGGGACCGUGGGAUGUUGUACGUAAAGUAUUUUCGGCGGAUGAGCAUAAAAACAUGACAUUUUACGAUAAAUGUGAUCUCUUCUUCCACGACUACAGUCUCGCCCCUCUGUUUGUUCAACAGAAUUAUUUGAUAGUUAGUCCAGCCGGACCGAAAUCGGAAGUCAUACGCAAAGUUGCCAACACAGCAGACUCCUUGAGUUUGGGUGACCUGGUAGAUAAAAAGAUUCGUUCCAAUUCUGCUUGGGCAUUGUUGCCUACACAAGCUAUUUUCAGUUCAGUUAUGCCAGGAGAAUAUAUGAGUGGACAUUUUGCAGGUCAAAUAAAUUUUCCCGGCUGGCUGGGAAAAAAUUCACGUUCUACCAAGCGCAGUCGUUUGGCCCAGGAAAUUCAUGAUCAUACACGUGUAAAAACCUCGGGAUCGCGCCUUUCCAUUCGAUUAGAUUAUGCACCAUUUUUAUUGAAUAAGAUAGUGAAGCCUUUGGUCGAUAAAGGCGCAGAUGGUGUGGAAGAAUCUCUGGAAACUUUAAAGGAAUAUCAUUUGCUCCGAGAAGAUAUUGAAAGUUUAAUCGAACUUACGACCUGGCCGGGUAAAAAGAGUCCAAUGGAUGCUGUAGAUGGCAAGGUAAAAGCUGCGCUCACGAGGGCUUACAAUAAAGAAGUUAUGGCCUACUCGUAUUCAGCAACAGCUGGUGUAAAGAAGAAGCGUGCUGAGGCAUCAGAUGAUUUUGAUGCUUUGGGCGGUGGAAUGGAAGAAGGUGAAGAAGGAACAACCAAUGUCGUCGAAUCCGAAGAUGAGAAUGAUGAUAAUUUGGAAAAUGAUGGAUUAAUAAAGGCUAAAAAGAAAACAGCAGUAUCUACAAAGGCUUCCACGUCAAAAGCAUCGACAUCUAAGAAAACAACUGCUGCAAAACCAAAGGCAGCAGCCAAAUCAAAGAAAUAA